CUGGUAUAUUUUACGUUAACAAACUUCCGGUUUUAGAAGGACAGAAGCUGAAGUUAGAGGUAUAUUUACUAGCCAGAAAUAUUACAAUUUCAUAACCACAAAAUUGGUCAGCCAAAAAUUAUGGCCAGCUCAUGUCAAGAUGAGUCUUUUGAUGAUGGUGACAGUGAUGCCAGUAGUGUAAUUACAGCUCACAAUGGAUCAGUUGCAUCAGAAAUGACAGUAGACCGUUAUGGUUUCCUAGGUGGAAAUCAGUACACUGAUCCCAGAUUUCAGUGUGGAGUCUCUGUUGAAAUACUACGUAAAAGAGAAUUGAAAUGGUUAGAAAUGUUUGAGAACUGGGAACGUUUCAUGACUAAAAAGUACAAAAAGGUGAGAAAUCGAUGCAGAAAAGGGAUUCCACCAUCUCUCAGAGCUAAAGCUUGGCAAAAUCUGUGUGGAGCUUCUCACUUAUUAGAAGCUUACAAGUAUAAAUUUCAGGAAAUGGACCGCCAGUCUGGUGAUCCCAAAUUUGUUGAAGACAUAAAGAAAGAUUUACAUAGACAGUUUCCUUUCCAUGAGAUGUUUGUUAACAAACAAGGGCAUGGACAAGCAGAUCUUUUCCGAAUCUUGAAGGCCUACUCUAUAUUUAAUCCGGCAGUGGGUUAUUGUCAGGCCCAAGCACCUGUUGCUGCCGUAUUAUUAAUGCACAUGCCAGCAGAACAAGCAUUUUGGUGUUUAGUAGCCAUCUGUGAGAGAUAUAUACCUGGUUAUUAUAGUCCUGGACUGGAAGCUGUACAGUUAGAUGGUGACAUAAUGUUUGGAUUGUUGAAGAAGGUAUCUCCUGUGGCAUAUAAACAUUUGAGAAAACAGGCUGUGGAGCCAAUUCUUUACAUGACUGAAUGGCUGAUGUGUAUCUUUUCUCGUACACUACCAUGGUCUUGUGUUCUAAGGAUAUGGGACAUGUUUUUGUGUGAAGGAGUGAAAGUACUAUUUCGAGUAGCUAUAGUUCUUCUGAAGCAGCAGUUAGGUAGGUCAGAUAUAACCAAGCAGUGUCCAUCCAUGUAUGAAACACUAGAAAGAAUUCGUAUGAUUCCACCUGAGGUUAGUCAGGAAGAUUUCCUUAUUCAACAAUGUCUUCACCUGCCACUAACAGAACAUGAAUUAGAAAAGGAGCACCAAAAGCAGGUGUCAAAGCGCAGAGCCUUGCGAGAGCUGAAGCUGAUUCAGGAACACCAGCAGAGGAGUGGAACUGCAAAGAAAGGAGGAAAAUCUAAAUCUUGAUCUGUGGCUUCAAAACCAUAUUGAGGGCUGUAUUUAUAUUCACCAAGUGUGAAGUAUAACAGUCCUUUCUCUUGUGCCUGAAAGUAGAGAAUGUGUAAAAAUAAGUAUUUUAUCAUUGUGUGUGAGCAUCACACUGCAAAGUAUUGUGUAUUUAUGUAUAUAGCUCACAUUGUUAGUAUUUUUAAUUAUAUAAGAGAAUAUUCUAUUCCUUACUAUAUAUGUAAUGUGAGGUUUUGAAGAAAAUGUAAAUUGAAUAAUCUCAUACAUUCAUAAAUAUUAAAUCUUAAAUUUUAUAGCUUUCUUGAAGAUGUGAUGUCAGUUGAGAACAUUAUAAAGACAUGAUAUCAGUUAAGAACAUUAUAAUGUAUUUUGUAAAUUUAUAUAGCUCUGAGAUUUGUUUAGGAUUUUGUGACAAAUUAGAACACGGGUGUAAGUUUUAAAUUAAUUUUUUAUGAAAUCUUGAGGUGCUUAUCAUGAUAUCUGUUUAUUUUCAGUAUUAAGAUGAAGAGUGAUUUUUAAAGAGAAUGACAGAAUGACUGAACUUUUAUAUCAGUUAAUAAACAACAGUGUUAGUGUCACUGUUAUAGCUGUUGAAAGUGACAAGGGCUUUCUGUAACAGAUCAAUAUUGUUAAAUAUAUCUGAUGUGGAAAGACUCGUGUGGAUCUUUUGAGGUCUCCAAAAAAUAGUGUGAAUUUAUUUGAAAUUGUUCAUAAUGUAAACAUAUUGCUUUAACACAUGCAGUUUGUAGGUGUGGAUAAAAGAUGUGUAAGUGAGUAUGGCAUUAAUAAUGAUUGUAUGUGAAAUCAUAAAUUAUUAUGCAUCAGAGUUCAAACCAGGACAUUAGUUGACAAUACACAGUAGAGUAUAGAAGUGUUGAGUAGUGAUAUGGUUUUUCAGAAGCCAGACAUGACAGCUGUUGUGAUAUAGAUGUAUGUUAUGGGGGCCAGGCAUUUUAUGUAGGUGUAGUAGAUGUUCUAAUGAGGAUAUACAUGUAAGAGUAAUGAUGUGAAUGACAUAGGCCAGACAGAAUUGCAGUAAUAGCAUGGACUGCAAAGGUAAACAUGACAGAGGUUAGGGUACAGACAAUAGUGUUGUUAAAUACAAGGAUUAAACAGAAAUAUGUUAGUAGUGAUUUUGAUGUUGGAGAAAAGAGAAGCAUGAAAGUUUGAUGAUUAUGUCAGAAGUCAAAGUAUUUUACUAUUGGUUGGAAUUGUAAGAUACAGACAGCAUUGACACUGAAAUCAAGAAUUUAUAGAAAUAUAAUAGUGGUUUUAAUGCUUAAGGAAUAGGAUAAUUUGAUUGGUGUCCACAAUAAAGUUGAAGUACAGUAAUUCUAGUUUUAUUGUUAGCAGACUGAUAACAGUGGUGUUGAAAUCAGUGGUUUUAAUGUUAGAGGACUGACUAUAGUCAGAGGUUAUGCUAAUACGGAGUAAUAAUGGGUUCAAUGUUUCAGGCAGGUACAAGUAUUGUAAUGUCUGUAGGUAUGUCAUGAUAAGGGAGAAAUUUGUUAAUAAUGCUGUAUAUAUAUUAACCCUUAAAUGCAUGAAGUAAGAUGCUUACAUUAAUACAUAACAUGGGUCACAAGUGACCUGCCAAAGUAAAAAUGGAUUCAGACCACACUUAUGUGUAAGUUUCUUUUAUUAAAUCUAACACAACACAAGCAUGAUGGUCACAAUAUGUAAUUAGCAAAAGAAUAAUCAGAAAUAGUGUACCAUCAGCAAAUAUGCAUUGCAAUUCUUCAGGUAUGAUAACUAUAAAUUGAUGUUACCACAAACAGUUGUUUUCAUUGUAUUUGAGUGUGCAGAGCAGAUUGGCCUGGUACAUUUCGCACAUAAUAUGCUAUGUUUCCUGUCUUUAGCAUUUGGAAGUAGUAGCAGUAUUCUUUAUUGUGCCUUCAUUGUGUUCUUCGUGAUACUUUUCAUUGCCACACCUUUUCAGAGCAUCCAAAAUGGGGUUCUGAAGUUUAAUUAUGUCCCUCCCCCCUUUGCUUGAGCCAAGGACAUACCAAUUCUCUUCCUAGUUCAUUAAGAAAUAAUCUGUAUCAAUGUGACUUUUUUCAUUCUAUUUAGGGUUUUUGGAAAGAAAUGUUAAUAAAGCAUUGAUUCCUGUCAGAUUGAGUACAUUCAUAAAAUAUGCAAAAAAACAAAACAACAUCUUGUGUGUCGUUGGAAAGAGUAAGUGUGGUACAGUUGGUCAGCAGUAUCCACUGCACCCUACCCUUUGUGCAGUUGUAAAAGAGACUUCUGUCUUCGUCUUCUCAGUAUCAAUACCAUUAUCAUUAUGCAUAGUCAAUAUCAGUAAGACACGUUCUUUUUCUUUGGAAGAAAUGAAGCAGUCAUCAUGUUACCAUCUAACCAAAACAUGUUCACAAGAACAGGUUUACUUUAAUUUACUAGAAACUGCUUUGGCAAGUCCCUUUUUCUGUACAUUUCCCAUGUAUGUGAUUUUCUUCAGAUAAAUUUGUUCAACAAGUUGAAAAUCACUGAAUUAAUUAUGAGCUGUAAUAUUUACACCUGAAUUAAAUAAUGGCAGAGCAAGCCUCUUCACUACAUUGUUAGCUGGUUUCUUUUCAGGUGAUGUACCAUACUGUUGUCCAAUAUAUGGCUCAUUUAUUGAAGAUGUACUUUGUUUCAGAAUCACAGAGCAGGAACAUUAUCAUUCAAUACUGUCAGGUUUGAAAGGGAGGUAUUACCUUGACCUUUGAAAGAAACUAAUUUUUUCAUUGAUUGUCACACAUUCUGGCACAUUGUAGGAAUUUCUUCUGUUUAAAAUAAAGGGUCUCCCUUAACUCCCUAAUAGGAGUGAACUUAUCUUUGGCUCUACAGUCAGCUCAUGUGUCUCUUGAAUCAAAUUAUAUGUUAGCUAGGAUACAUUCAAAUUGCUGUAUUAACAUUGUAGCUGAGAAAAUCGAUCUACCAAAAGGUCCUUGAAACCACAACACCUAUACAGAUUUAUAUUGUGUUUUAUAAACACCAGCCAAGUAGAGAAGUCCUAAUACAGCUUUCAGUUCUGGAAGAAUUACUGGUUUCCAUUUGUUUGGACUCAUACUCUUUAGCAUUUAGCACUGUUUUGCAUUCACAGACAAGAGAACAAACUUGUUUUCUCACAAUAUUUACUUUUCUCUUUGGUAAGUACCUUCAAAGUCCAUAUUCUUCCUUAUGGUGCAUACAAAGAUAGAGGUUCACCCACUUCUUCAUGUUAUUAAUAAUCAUGAAACGAUUCCUCUGAAGCACUCUGACUUGGGACAGUUCCACACCAGAAACAAAUACUCCGUUCAUCCCCGUCAUCACUAAUGCUGUCUGAGCAACUUUCUUCAGCUAACAGAGAGAAGGCCAACUCCUGGUAGGACAAUUCCCAUUGGACAGUAUUACAAAUGAGUAGUACAAUUUAUGUAUAUGUUGUUAUAUAUAAUAACAUAUAUAUUAUAUAUAUAUUUCUUGAUCUUAGUAAUCCAGGUCAAAAGAUCUGGAUUUCUCAGAUCUUUUAUCAUAUGCAUGAUCUGGGUCGUUAGUGACCCAUGUUCUUUCAUUCACAAUUACUCUACUGUAAACAGGUUUUUUUUUGUGUGUCUUGGCUAAGUUUAUGUAAUGCACUCACUAAGAAGGUUUAGUUAAAGAACUUAAAAAGUUUGGCCCCCAAAAAAAUACCAUUAUCAAUUUUAAACAAAUAACGUGAGUACAUGGUUCAUUUGUGACCUACCUUGUACAUUUAAGGGUUAAAGUGAUAUGUAUACCAUAGUAGUAUUGAGGGAAAGAAUAAAACUGUUGUAAUAAAUUGAUCUUGUACAUACUACUGAGAAGGAACAGUACUCUAAACAAAGGACCAUUGUUUUGUAAUGUAGGAAAUUUACUUAUUUAUUUUUUUAAACACUUUGAAAAUAUUUUCUCUCUACAAUUAUUUCUUUCAUGGACUGUCUUUCAAGAGGAGACUGUAAUAUUGAACAAUAAUAUCUUACCUCUUUCUGAAAAGCUAGAGAUUUAAACAAGUUAAUAUCCUGUUUAGUGUUAAUUUCAUUUAAGAUAUAUCCUUUACCAGUAGUAUUUACAUCAAUAUAUAGGGCUUUCUGAACUCAUUUUGUUUGUGAGGCUUAUUUUCAGUUUCUGUAUCUUUUCAUUCACUUUGUAUUACUUUUUCAUUAAAGCAACAUAUUAUAGGCAGUUUUAUCAACCAAAAUAAGUACAUAUUUUGUAAUACAUUUCCAAGUUAUAUUACAUUAUAAUUUUAAAAUUGUUUAUUAGAAAUUGCAAACUUUUCACCAGAAUAUUAAGCAAUGAUGGGUUUUAUACUUUCUAUCAGGUGAUGAGUGAUUUCCAUCAAUUUCAGAGCUAUAAUUUUUAUUCAGUGUGGAUUUGUCUUUUACCCUGAAGGAUAAGUAGGAAAGUACAGUCACUACUUUUUUAUCUAGCGUAUAGUUGUGAUACAUCAACUAGGAAGUUUUCAAUUAUAUUUGAAGUAUGAGGGGAGCAGACUACAUUUGUAUGAAUAGGUGUUGAAGGUACUAUAGGCACAGACAUCAUAAUUUUAAAGUUAAAUUAAGUUACACUUGCAGCUUAUCACAAACUUUUUAAUGUUUGCCAAAGUUAUGAAAAUAAUUAUUAUGUUUUCAUCAUUUUUGUUAGUUUUCUGUAAAAUAAAAACACUAUGGAACCUGUACUUGAAUUAUACAAAGAGAAUAAUACUAAUACAAAUAACAAAUGCAUACAGUUACUUAUAAUGUGGAAUGAAAUAAAUGCUUAUUUUAGUUGUUUUCAUUACACCUUUGAUUGUGUUACUGUUUACAGAGGUGUCAGUUGUAUUUAUGGAUGUAGCAUAUUUUAGUUAUAUUUAUGAUUAACAAUAAUUUUUAAAUUAAAAAGGUGCUAUGUUAAUGAAUACUAAUUAUUGCUGCACUUUUAUAAUUAUAUGUAUAUUGCUGUGAAAUAAAG